UCGCUGCCAAAGUCCACACGACAAUUUCUUUCACACACUUUAUCAUGAGUAAAAUGUAUCAGUGUGCUGAAAUUUGCUUGCCAAGAAAGAAGAAAGUCUGCGAGUCUUUCCACUCAAACACAUACAGGAUAUUUGAUGAAAAGAUACCUGACAGAUUGGACCCUGAUAAAGUCUAUAAAGUAAAUUCAUAUGCUCAGAGAGAUCCCAAGGAAUAUGAUCAGCUUAAAAUACACAAUACCCCACAAAUGUACAAUGCCAAGUUCAUAAGAACCAAUGUCAGGUUCAUGAAUGCACCCAUUUCUCACAUGGAGACAGAGAGUACAAUGGCUGAGCAGUGUCACUGGUGGCCCAAUACAUCGUAUCACGAUGUGAGCACCCAGGCACCUUACAGAAAGGACAGCACUCAGAGACAAGACUACCAGGCCAUUCAACAAACACACGCCCUGGUCAGACAUGGGAGGAACAACAACAGAGUGCCUGCUUCAGGAAUCGUUCCCAUGCUGAGCUCUAUUGGUAGCCCAAAAGUGUUGCUCGAGCACAUGUCUUUUAUUCACCAAUAUGAUUCAAGGAAAUUACAGGACCAACCAUACCAAGGAAGGCGACAUGGAGCUUUAGUGUGGAGCGAGGCUGGGCCAUGGUCUCCUGUCGGGGAGAGCACAUACCUCAACUCCGAGGGGUCAUGUUUGCCAGCGGUGCGGGGAGGAAGAGGGGGGAAAGAGGUAACCUCUCCCCAGCAGCAAGUUUUCAAUGACGGCAGGAUCCACUCCGGAAAGGCGGGCCCCAGCGCUAAAGGCACCAAGGCCAUCGCCUGCCACUCACCGACCCAUCCCUCCAGCCAGCUGUUUCACAGCUUCUAUACUCCCAUGACACAUAGGGGAGGGGUUGAGGGAGGGUUUGAGGGGAUCUCCUCAGUCUCUGACAGGGCUGCGGAGGGUCGGAGAGCUAUGCAUGCGGACGGCGAGGGGACUGUCUUGCAAAGGCAGGGAUCCAACAGUCAACAGGUAGAGGUUCAAGCCCCAGCCCAAAUUGCAGGCUCAGAGCAUAACAACUGAUGGCACUGAUGGCAUUUGAACACUUUAGGGGCUGCCUUAUGUAAAGAUCUGAGUAGAAAUCGGUUGCAAUUGUGUUACAUUUUUGGUCAAAAGUAAGAUAAAGAUUAAAAUAAUAAAUGGUUCAAACUGCAAAAGUAACUGCUGUUAAAUGGUAUUUUCAAUUAAAGAAAAAUAGUGUAUAUGGUAUGUACAACUGUCAUACCCAAUUCUAACCCCAAAUCAGGAGCCUUAAGCAAGAUUUGGUUGGGCCCCCCCUCCCCACCUUGCAGCAAAAAUUUUUUUUAGAUGAAAUGUUGCAGUUUUAAAGCAAGUUUUCUGCAAUUUUACUCAUUGUACCAUGGGGUGGAGAGACAUUCUUGCUGUUUUAAACCUAAUUUCCUGCAAUUCUACACAUUUUUUCAUAACUUAUGCCAUGUUAAUAUGAUAUUUGAGUGAGAAUGUCUAACAAAAUCAAUGGGGCCCCACUGGAAAUCAGAGCCCUGGGCACAUGCCCUGCAUGCCCGGUCAGUAUUCAGCUAUGAUUACUAUAAGUUUAGAUAGCUGGCUAGAAUAACUACCAAUUUUGUUUGUUUGUUGCUGAUAUGGCAAAUUGAGUGAUUGUCAGUGACUGACAUAACAAGAGAAAAGCUUCCAAAAGAUGCACAACCAAAUUUCAAAAUGGAACCUAGUGUAUUCUACUAUAUACUGUUCCUAAAAAAAUUGGAACUCAAAAAUGCGUCAGUGGCUGGUGGCCCUAAGCGACCGCUGAUGUCGUUUAUGCCUGAGCCGGCACUAUCCAAAAUAUAAGGUUGUUUUACUUAAGAAAAACUAAUUAAAAUUGUGACUAUUGUGGCUAUAGAUUGUGACUGAUGUACUGGAGUGUUAACAUGAACAGACUAUAUUUAUAACGUUUAGCAAAGUGAAUAUACUUUGCCAGCACACAAUUUUUGAAAAAGAAAGAGCAUGUUGAAACCAUAGAAUACAGUUUUUGUGAGCUAUCUAAUUGCUUUUCAUAGUCCUUAUGAUGAAGCCCACACCAGUUUUCUGCAUUUAGAUAGAAUAGUGGAUCUGCGUCAGGUGAUGGAUCUAUAUCAGGUUUCAGUACAACUGUGUAGAAUAAAAGAUUAGAGGAAUAGUUAUUUUAUUGUAUAUUUGGUUAGAAGGGUAAUUAUAUACUCUUUUCCCAUUACCCCAAGACACACACAUGUUGAGAGGCCCAGGCAUUGCCGCGCCCCUGGAUAGAGAAAAAUGUUGUUCUCCAAGUGCUUUGCUCAAGUACCUUGCUCAAGGGCACAACGUUAGUGGUUUGUACCUGGGAUUAGAGAUUAGCAGCCCCCCAGCUACAAGAUCAGUUCCCAGUUCCCAUUUCUAUUAAUGCUCAUCUUUACCCUAAAGUGCAGUGCCUUCAGAAAGUAAUCACACCCCUUUACCCUUUCCACAUGUUGUUGUGUUACAGCCUGAAUAAAAACUUGGAUUCAA